GGGGUUCUAAAACAGAGUUCUUUGUGUCAGCCCGAACCAUGGAACGAUGAAUUAAGAGAUAAUGUGUGUGCAAAGGGGAAGAAAAAUUGAAUGUUGCGCUUGCGAGGUUACCUUCUUUUCCCACCGCCUCUGGUCGCGUUAUAGAUCUCUAGAGCACACAGAAACAGAAAAUGGCCUUCAUCGUCAUGCUUUGAAGUAGCAUUUUCUUCUGAUUUUGCAUCCUAAAACAUCAAAAAGCCGUUGAAAAAGCCACCUUAUAAAAAAACUUGCUGGAAAACGGAGUCAUUGUUGAAAAGAUGUGUGUAAGAUGGCGUAGCCGAUGGUACGAAAUCUUCUGUUCUGCCCAAUCUAUCCUAUAUAAUUGAGAUUGCAAUCAAUUUAAAGAUCAUAAAAGACUAUAGAAACCCCGAAUGACAGUGCUUCAGUUCAGUGACAUUUCCUGUUUAAAAGUGCAAUAGUAUGUGUUGAAAAUUGGCCUAGCUUGGUAUCAGAAAUAGUCGGUUUCAGCUCGCAAAAAGGGUAAAAUAAUACAAGUGUGAUUUGCCCUUACAUUUCCGUGAGCUGCUAAACAUGUGAUCCAAAGCACCACAUAUUCAUAAAAGCAACAUAUUGUCAGUUUGUAUCAGCUCUUAUCGCGGCCAACAUUAGAUUUAAAGUGCGUUUAUUCCGGUCGUGUAUGAAAACAGUUCUUUAAGUGCCCAGAUCUAUGCAAUGGGAGCUCAGCAAGUCAAAGAACGUCCUCCGGGCCCCUCGGCUCUAGGUGCCGGCAGCUCGAUUCGUUCCAGCCGGAAUAAGCUUCGUUCGUCCAAGGAUACGCGAACGAUAGGUUCGAACAUAUUCACCGAACACAGCGAGGCACUCCUGCAAUCCCGACCACUUCCGCACAUACCUCCUCCGGGAAGCUUGCUGCCGGCUGAUUUAUUAUGCCAAAACAAAGAUAUCCCAGAAAAUCACAGUGGCACGAUGCUUUCACAAGGAAGUUCAACAACAGCACAGUCCAGUUUUGAGUGUGCGCAUCGAUGGACGUCAAAGGAGAACCUACUAGCCCCCGGUCCCGAGGAAAAUGAUCCACAAUUGUUCGUCGCCCUGUAUGAUUUCAAUGCCGGUGGCGAGAAUCAAUUGAGUCUCCGAAAAGGAGAACAAGUACGAAUACUUUCAUAUAAUAAAUCUGGAGAAUGGUGUGAAGCUCAUUCAGAUUCUGGACACGUGGGUUGGGUACCUUCAAAUUACGUGACACCUCUUAACUCAUUGGAAAAACAUUCGUGGUAUCAUGGUCCAAUUUCACGUAACGCUGCGGAAUACUUGCUAAGCUCUGGUAUUAAUGGGAGUUUUCUAGUAAGAGAAAGCGAAAGUUCUCCUGGUCAACGCAGCAUAAGUUUGAGGUACGAUGGACGCGUCUAUCACUAUAGAAUAUCGGAGGAUUCAGAUGGAAAAGUAUAUGUAACUGCUGACGCCAAAUUCAAUACAUUAGCUGAGCUUGUGCACCACCAUAGUGCUCUACAUGAAGGGCAUGGACUGAUAACACCACUGCUGUACCCGGCACCGAAACAAAAUAAACCGACAGUUUUUCCACUAAGUCCGGAACCAGAUGAAUGGGAAAUAUGUCGCACUGAUAUCGUGAUGAAGCACAAAUUAGGCGGCGGACAAUAUGGAGAAGUGUAUGAAGCCGUUUGGAAAAGAUAUGGAAAUACGGUAGCUGUGAAAACUUUAAAAGAAGAUACCAUGGCACUUAAGGAUUUUCUAGAGGAAGCGUCCAUUAUGAAGGAAAUGAAGCAUCCAAAUUUGGUUCAGUUGAUAGGUGUAUGCACAAGAGAACCGCCAUUUUAUAUCAUCACUGAAUUUAUGAGUCAUGGAAACUUACUGGAUUUUCUUCGCACAGCUGGAAGAGAAACAUUGGAUGCUGUAGCUUUGUUGUACAUGGCUACACAAAUUGCUUCCGGCAUGAGUUACUUAGAAAGUAGAAAUUUCAUUCAUCGCGAUUUAGCUGCGCGGAACUGUUUGGUUGGCGACAACAACUUGGUUAAAGUAGCAGAUUUCGGUUUGGCUCGACUCAUGCGAGAUGAUACUUACACAGCACAUGCGGGGGCCAAAUUUCCCAUCAAAUGGACAGCACCGGAAGGACUAGCAUAUAAUAAAUUCAGCACAAAAUCAGAUGUUUGGGCGUUCGGUGUACUUCUGUGGGAAAUAGCAACCUACGGCAUGUCGCCAUAUCCUGGAAUUGAUCUCACGGAUGUGUUUCACAAAUUGGAAUCCAAUUAUCGUAUGGAGCGGCCCCCGGGUUGCCCUCUCGAAGUAUAUGAUUUAAUGCGGAAAUGUUGGCAAUGGAACGCACAGGAUCGGCCCACCUUCAAGAGCAUUCAUCAUGAUCUAGAGCACAUGUUUCAGGAAUCAUCCAUUACCGAAGCUGUAGAGAAACAGUUACAAGGAGUUGGUAUAAUAUCGACUCUGUUAACACCGCAGAUGAACAAAAAGUCUUAUAAUAUCGCGCAACAGCAGCAACAAUUGCCGACUAAUGGGCCACAACAACAACCAUCUCACGAGCAGGCCACUACUCCCAUCUCUGACUCGGGAUCAGGUUCAAAAUUCAGCACUUUUGGAAAUAAGCACCAGUCGACAGGCGUCGUUCAAAUGCGUCGCACCACAAAUAAACGUGGCAAGACAGCACCAGCACCGCCUAAGCGAACAAGCUUACUUUCUACUAGUCGUGACUCAACCUAUCGCGAUGACGAAAAUUACAAAGCAGGAAACAGCGACCAAAAUACAAAUGGUUUCAAUCGCGAUGCUGUGCAUCCUGUAAAUCGUGCAGAUUCAGAAAAUGAGCAAACAGAGAAUACUCCUGAUAAUGAUACGGACAACCAAGAGCACGUGGAGUUCCAAAAACCGUUUCAACACGGUUCAUUUAAAAGGGCUCCUAUUAUAGGUAACCGAGGGAUCGAAAUACGAAACAGUAAGCGAUUAACCCAACAGAAUAGACGUGACCAACCAUCGGUUUCAGUGAUAUCUCAAAUAGGCGCCACUAACUCGGGACAAGCUCAUCACCCGAUUUUGGGAGCAUUGGAAGUUCAGAAUGUAAAGAAAGCUAUAAAUCGAUAUGGUACAUUGCCUAAGGAUGCUCGAAUAGGAGCUUACCUUGAGUCUUUGCGUCAAAGUGAUGGUACGAUAGAAAACCAAAAAGAAUCUGUUGAAUCAGAAAAUCAACCUGCUAUGAAUGCUACCGCCUGUUUAAAGCAACACGCAAACCAACAUUCCCCUAUGAAGUCGGAAGCUUCCUUAACAGCAGCAGCUUCGCAAGCAAACGUAGCAUCAACGAACCACACGAUCACUGCUAAAAAUGUAACAAUCAAAUCUCAACCUCAAAUGAUUCGCAGUAAUUCGUCUAGUGGCGUUACAAUGUCUAACUCGGCAACAGCUAGUCUUUCAAAACUACAACGUCAUCGCACGACUACUGACGGAUCAAUGAUGGCAUUUUCCUCCUUUCGUGGAGUGAUUGGAAGCAAUAGUCCAAAACGAAUAUUACAGCCAUCUUUGGCUGACCUAGAGUUUCCACCACCUCCGGUUGAUUUGCCUCCACCGCCGGAAGAGAUUGAAUCAUCAGAACAGCAACGGACAUUUAAAAUUGAGCAAACUUGUACAAACGAUGUGUGCACUACAGAACCGAGUGUGGAGGAAGCUAGCUCACGAUUCGGUGUAAGUUUACGUAAGCGCGAGCCAUCGACGGACUCUUGCAGUUCUCAAAGCAGUCCUAUAGAUAUAGACUCUUCGAUUGACCCGUUGUCUCAUUCAUCAUUUAUCAAUGAACUGUCAACCGAUCCACAGACAGAAAAGAAAAAAGUUCUUUUCUGCAAAGAUGGGACCAACGUGCCAAAGUUUUUGCAGAAAGAUGAAAGCAAUACCAGCAACAAAAUUGUUGAUAUAAAAAAUACAGCGUUUUGUGGGAACAGCGCCGUCGCAACGAAUGCUUUCGAUCCAGCAAUACAACUAGUUAAUGAGUUGUCAGAAUCAGUCACAUCAUCAAAAACUCUCUCAUCACCGCCUACUCCGAAGGAUCAGCCGCCUCUGCUUUUGUCACAUUCAAAAUCGUCUGAAGCGAGUAAAUUUCGUCAACCUCUUGACACAUCAAAGUCUAGCGUAGCUCCACCGCCGUUUACAAACGAUUCAACAAAAAUCAACAAUCCUGACAAAGGAAAUGAUCGUAUUACUGUGCAGGCAAACUCGUUGAAAUCACAACUGAAGAAAAUUGAUCCUAACAUACGAAGUACUAGCAAGCUAACCGAAAAGGAGGAUAUUGGUGCAGUAAUGAUUGAUUUUAAGGCAAGACUUCGUAAAGUGGAUUCCAACAACGUUGUUAGCUCCAGCAGUUCUGAUAGUCAGAAUGUUGUAGAAUACACGUCGUUGGCUAGUAAAGUGCAGCAAGUUGGAACAUCCAAUAAUUCUAGCAACAUUCAUAAAAAUAAGAUAAACUCCUUAUGCAGUAACAUGUCUAACAAAAGUAAUGGAAAUUUUCUUACCAACAAUACUUCAUCAGAAAAUGAAAAUUUUCGUCCUGCUAUGAUACAAUAUGAGGCAGGUAAACGAAAUGGAACGAAUGCUUAUUUUCAAAACAUAGUUUCAAUAGAUUCCUGCAAGAAUGUUUUGAGUGCAAACAACGAAGUCAGUAAUACUAAGUUAACCAAAAAAAACUCUUUGCCGAAAGAAACGGGAAUGGUAUCGACGGAUAGCAAUAAGUUGAAUGAACUAAAAAAGACUGAAAUUAAGAUUGAUGUUGGAGAAGAUUGUAAACGAGAAUGUUCCGAAAGUAACUCUCUCCAUCUGGAGUGUGGAGGAGGCAGUGGUGAUAACAUGUCUACCGGAAGUAGCGCAGGAGGAUGCGACGAAGGUGAUGGAAAACGAAAGAGUACGGGCAGUAUUAGUAGCUUAAAAAAAAUAUGGGAAGCUAAAGAAACUUCAAGCGAACAGCAAGUUCAGUCGAGCCCGAAAAUGGGUACAAAAUGUCCUAAUAAGACGUAUAAAUACAAUAAUUUCGAGCUAGACGAUCCAUACGAUCAUCUGGAUAAUCAGAUUGAUCAGCCCCAUUCAUUGAGCUGUGUGGCACCAACGCUGUAUAACAGUGGUGCCAAUCAUACAGGAAACACACAAAGCAUAAAAAAACCGGCAGUUCCACUAAAACCUUCAAAGUUCACAUCCAUCUAUGCAACGCCUAUUCAAACUACAUCACAAGUCGUUUCUACAAUACAUGGGCCAAGCGGCGGAAAGUCAUCUAUGAUCUCCAUUAACACUAUUAAAGCAGACGAUGGUGAUAAUGGUCUACAGCAAAAUGAAAGGCCUUGUUCAGCAGUUUCCUCUCCUGGGUUUGCCGUUACAAUGCCAGGCGAACGAGAACAUAUUUUGGAACAGUUGGAAUUCCUACAGGGCGCUUUGAAAUCGUCUGUAUCGGCGAUAUCUGGUACUCAGUGGUUGGCAAUGAGCGAACGUUUGAAUAUUUUGCAAUCCAGUUGCAUCGCAUUUGCUGAGAAUGAAUCUCUCCCUUUGCACGCUAAAUUUCAGUUUCGUGAACUAGCGACACGCGUUGAAAAUCAGUCCAUUUCUCUCAGGUCAGCUAGCAACAAAAACGCCAAGGAUAAUGAAAAACUUGUUCAAGAUGUUGGACAAUCUCUAAAGCAGAUAUCAAAUGCUUUACAUAGGUAAUUUCCAGUGAAUUUGUUUUAUUUUCAUGAGCUAUUUUGAUAGGACUGCAGAAUGUAUUUAGUGAAAAAGUAGAGUCCAUUUCUACAAUGGGGAACCAGUAAAAUUAUUGUAGUAAUGCCAAAAAGGGUUUUAUGUCAUUUUUUAAUCAUUAGGAUGAAGCUGAUGAUUUUCUACCCAUAUUUAUUCGAAUAUUAUUCCUACACAGGCUAAGCCGAGUAGAAAAUCGAUAUAUCGUCACUCGUUAUUUUGAAUAUUGUUUUAAUGUUUGAAUGAAUUUCUUGGGAUCUAUGAAUAUAAUUGAUUGUGUUGUAUUUUGCUUUAAUACAAUCGAAUUGAAUUUCGAUUUUAUUGUUUUCUUAAGUUAAAUUAGAAUCCUUCGAUUCGAAUUCGAAACAUGUACAUAAUACGAUUAAUAUUUGCAAAUUAAUGCUCUUUAAGCAUGCUCUAUAACGCGAUUGAUACUGGCUAUGGUAAUCCAAAUACAACUCAAUGCAAAGUCAAAAGUGACAAUUAUCUUUUAAAAUCUUCUAAACCUUCCAUAAUUUGAAAGCAAAAAACACUCUAAACAAUCAAAAUCGUGCUGAAAUUUGAUUUUUAUCUUGCAAUGGUGUGAAUUGCAGAUGCAAUACUUUAUGUUGGUAAUACAUGUCUUAGAGCACAGCAAGUGGUAGUUUUUGUUUUUCAGAUAAAACGACAUGCAUUUAGUUCGUGGUAAACGUCGAUUGAAACGAUGGUGGUAAUUUUUACCAUUUUUUUUAAAUAAGUAAUACACUAGCAAAACCACCAUUAGCUCGUCCAAACCUGCUCGUCUGUUCCUUCAUAUCCGCCUACAAUAUUAUUUCAGAUAGUAUUUUCUCGUAGCGCCAGCAACAGGGAAUUAUGUAUAAUAUAACUGUAAGUGUAAUGAUAUAUACCUUUGCAACGCGGGCAACAUAUGGGGAAUAUUUACAUGCGUGAUUUUAAAUAUUUCUAAGUGAAGAUUAAUGAAGUAUAAAACCAGUAUAGUUUGCUUGACUUAAAGUCAAUCAAAUGUAGAAGACUGUAGCAACUAACUUUCGUAGUAGAUAGCGGAACCUAAGCUAAACAACAUAAUCUCGAGAAUCAUAAGAGCGUAUCAAAAACAGUUAGUUUUUUGUGUCUACAUUCAAGAGCCGGAUCUUGUAAUCAUAACAAUUUUGUUCGUACUAUCCACAAUAUUGGACAACCGAAGGAUAACAUCAACUCAGGCUAAAUAUUUGAACGGAAAUGGGCUUGUUUGGGAAGAGUCUGGCCAUUUUUAUUAUUAAAGCAGCCGCUUUCUCGCGAUAUCAUAUAAUCAAAGAAAACGUAAAACACGUGUCUAAACAGGAAGACAUACUUUUAAAGCUGAAGGAUAACAUUUUUGUUCAGAACAUGGAUAAUUUUCGACAGUUAUAAGUAAUCCAAUAUAAACAUGCUUCUAAGUAAAUAAAGAAUGUCUGUAAUGAAUUUCAACACCUAUCCAGCGUGAAUGUCAAAGUAAACGUGUAUGCUCUGCAAUUGUGCAUGUGCGCUUGGUAAGACGCUCUUUUUUAUUAUCAUGUGUAUAAAACUAGACUGACACACAAGUGUCAAAUGUCUUGACGCUUUUGUAAAGCAAUUAAGAGAUACAUAAAAAUCAAUGUUUUACCAUAUCUAAGGUAAAUCGAUGAAACUCUAGUCGUAAAAGAUACAGCCCAAUCAAGGUGCAAAUAAUAUUUUGAACCGGUUACAUGAUUUGUAUGAGUCGAAUAAUCAAGUAUCCUCCCUAAGCUUUCCCAAGAAAAAUAGAAUAUUUUCUUUUUAGUUGGGCGAGAUUGAAGACCUGUUUUCAGAAUUGAAGAUAAAAAAGGCUUUUUUGCAAAUGUUGAAUGAAGAGCCGUUGCUCUUGAACUUCGUAGAUUCUCUUAGUUGUACUGUCGCUCACAAAAAAUAUCAUCGUCCAAAAGUAAAACAAUGUAGAAAGAGACCGGAUUUUUAGAUUGUAAAUCACAGUGUCUAAGUUAAGUUUUAAGCAUUCAUUUUAAACAAAAGUGCAACUAUAUCAUAUUUUGCGUCGCGACAUUGGUUGUAUUCAUAAAUAUAUAUAUUCAAUCAAAUUCUUAUCAGUUGUACAAAAAAUAAUCAAGCAAAUGGACAAACACCACAAGUAAUGCGAACCUGGGUUCUUGUACGAAAUAGAUUUAAUAUAAAUAUUAAAUUCGAAUGAAUAAUAAACAUUUGUAUCUAUUACA